CACCCUAUAAAUAAAACCCACCAACCUCAUCCCUCUUCUCCAUCUUCUCCCUCAUCGCCAUUCACUGUCUUCACUGUCUUCACAGUCUUGCGCAGACCACACCAAGACUCCAAGUCCAUCGCUCUCUCUGUCGAAAUGUUGUUCGAUCACAAGCUCAGAUCAUCCUCCUCCCCGUGCCUCCUCUUCUGCUGCUUCCACGGCGGGCAUGCCACCGCCUACCACGAGGCCGCCACCUCGGACUGCGGCGACGGCCACCGCCGCAAGGCGGCUCGGUUACCCUGCUCGUGGCUCCGCUCCACGGCUGAGGAGCUCCCGCUGCCAGAGAUCCGGCACAAGUGCCGAAGCCUCAUCGCUCAGAUCGGGAGGUGCCGGAGGCAGGGCCACGUCGCGGCCUCGGAGUUUGGGUAUGACCCCAUGAGCUACGCGCUCAACUUUGAGGACGAUCGGAGCCGGGAGUCGGAUGAGGAGUUCCCAGCGAGGAACUUCUCGGCGAGGCUGCCGGUGUCUCCGGAUCGGCUGCCGAUGGCGAAGAUGCCGAGGGAAGUCGCAGCGUGCAGUUGAAGUCUUUUUCUCUAAAGAUCCUUUUGAUUUUUUG